CGAGGAUGGACGGCACCGUGGAGACUUUCCCGUGUCUCAAGGUCACCCAGAGGUCGUUCGGCUCCCAGAACAGUAACCCAGACAUCACCUUCUAUCGCCUCAGCAUGCCUAUAGAGUGUAACGAGGUGCUGGCCAAGUCACCAGGCGGGACGCUACAGUCUGGCGGGGGCUUCUCCUUCUCCUCUAAGAAAGACCUGGACGACUUUGAGACCGUGUCCGACUUCGAGGUGUUGACGAAGUCUGCCCACUGCACCCUGGGCUCCAGCCUGGACAAGGAGAAGGACCAGUUCAACCACCACAAAGACUACAACCAGGAGAAACCCUCCACGUUAAAGCAGAGUACUGCUACAUGGUGGGCUGAGAGAGUCUUCCCAGGUCAGGAGCCGGAACAGCACGGUCUGGAGAUUGGAUGGGUGGACACAGUUAACGGACUGCUAACCUUCACUGCCAACGGGAAGGAGCUCAGCACGUAA